AUGACUAUGGGUCUGCAGUUCAUCGGCACCUUCGCUUCAGAAAAGCUGGGGCUCACAAAAUUACCGCCGUAUCUCCUCACCUUUUACUGGUCCUUGGUUGGCUUUCUCUUCGUUCACCAAGUCCUCGCGCCUUGGGCUAGCAACCGAUGGUUCGUCAGGGCUUAUGGCGGCAAGGGCAAAAUGGCGAAAAAUAAUUGGUCUAUACACGUCGUCUCGCAAGUGCAUACUGUCAUCAUCCUGCCGCUUUCUCUGUGGUGCAUUUUGAUCGAGAGUCCAGAACGGACGUCAGAUCGCGCGUUUGGAUGGGAGAAAAAUAUUGGUUAUGUCCAUGCUAUUGCUUGCGGUUACUUCCUCUGGGAUACCCUUGAUGCCAUUAUCAACUUUACUGACCUCGGCUUCGUGAUACACGGUCUUGUUUGUUUCUUGAUAUACAUCACGUCAUUUAAACCUUUUGUUGCUUACUAUGGUACACGAUUUCUCGUAUGGGAAGCAAGCACCUUUUUCCUAAACAUUCAUUGGUUCCUGGAUAAAACUGGGCAGACUGGUAGCCGUGCUCAGCUUGUGAACGGUCUUUUUCUUCUCUCGACAUUUUUUUGUGUUAGACUCAUCUAUGGAGGGGCUGUUUCGUAUCAAUUUUUUUAUACGCUUCUCGAUGUUGGCGAUAAUAUUCCACUUGCGUACCGCUUGGUGUACGGCGUUGGGAAUUUUGUUUUGCAAGGACUAAACUGGUUCUGGUUUACAAAGAUGAUUUUUGCGAUUCGAAAACGAUUUACCAGUACGGAUGAACGAACAAAACUCAUCGGCCAGAACGGGAACGAUGUAGAGAACGGCGCGUAA